AUUUAAGCCCAUCCGAUUUUCAUCAAGAAUUGAAGAGAGACUUGGGAGAAAAAGGGUGUCUCAGUGUCGUUGCAAGAGGAACAGGGUGGAGUAGGAAGCAGUUCGCGAUUUUUGUCGGAUGAGUAGUAGCGGGAAAGCUGAGAUCGCGAAGAGGCGAGAGGGCAUGCGUGAAGGGUGAUUGACUGUUGGAGAAAUUGGGAAGUAUGAUAAUUUGAUUUCUGGGUCAACAGAAGAUUGAGAGAAAAGGGAAGGCUCUGGAAGGAGGAGGAAGGAGAAUGGAGGCCAGAAAAGGAGAGGACUCUCUUGUUUGAUGAAGAAAGGAGAUAAAUGACGGUGCUUCUCGAGUCUUAGCGGGCAACAACAGAAUUCAUUUUUAGGUCUUCCUCUUCUGGCAUCAGAGAUGAGUAACUCAAAGGAAAAUGAUAAUGAACAACCAGGACAAAGCACGCUGGGUGGUAUGGAAGGAGAAGUUGAACAAGUUAAGGAAGAUCAUGAUUCUCCUCCACCCAUAAUUGUUCAAGAUGCCAAUCCAGCUCCCCCAUACCCUAACAGUCUUCCUGUUGAACCUGCCAUUAAGAUAACUACUAAUGAGAAGAAUAUAGAAUUGGCAUCCAUCCCUGACCAGGAUCCUCCUUCUGGGAUUUCUUCAGAUCAUUUGAAAGAGUCUUUGAAAUCUAAUACUGAAAUGGCCCUGGAUCACCAGAAAGGGUCAGUUAAAUCCAAUACUGAAACUACAAGAGAGGAAAACAAUGCAUCAGUUGAACGUGAUACUGAAAUAUCAACAUCUCUAAAAGCGGGGUCAGUUGAUGCACCUAUUGAAGCCUUAACAAAUAUAAAUGUUGAAGCCAAUGAAGUUCUUGGUUCUAAAAAAGAUAAUGAUUAUGAGGAGGGGCCUAACAUAUCUACAGAACUCCCUGAAGCUGCUGAACCUGCUACAGAGAUCAAACUUGAGGGCUAUUCUGAACUGCUUCAAAGUAAAACUGCAGGUUCUGCUGACAGUGAACUUAAAAAGAGUAAUUGUCCUGCACAUGUCAGCUACAGUUCUGCAUGUUCAGAUUUACCAUUUGACCAGGAGAAAGGAGCAGAUAUGAAGAACGGGGAGGAUAAAAUAGACUUGGCUAUGCCCAUUAUCGGAAAUCUGAAUUCGAAGCAAUCAUUUCUGUUGGAUGAGAAUCAUUUCUCCGAGGGUGGUGAAUCAGGAACUGAAGAGGAGCAGUCAGCUUUCAUGAAGGAGUUGGAAAAUUUCUUUAGAGAGAGGAGCAUGGAAUUUAAACCUCCCAAGUUCUAUGGAGAGGGUUUGAACUGCCUUAAGUUGUGGAGAGCUGUAACUAGAUUGGGUGGCUAUGACAAGGUUACUUCCUGCAAGCUGUGGAGGCAGGUGGGGGAAUCUUUUAAACCGCCAAAGACAUGUACUACUGUUUCGUGGACAUUUCGAGGUUUUUAUGAGAAGGCGCUUCUCGACUAUGAAAGGCAUCAGGCGCAUGGUGGGGAACUUGAUAUACCCAUUGCUUCCAACUCAGAGCCAAUGAAUGUCGAUCACCAGGCUUCAGUAUCAGGUAGAGCAAGGAGAGAUGCAGCAGCUCGUGCUAUGCAGGGUUGGCACUCACAGCGCCUACUUGGUAACGGUGAAGUUAGUGAUCCUAUUAUUAAGGAUAAGAAUUCUCUUUUGCUACAUAAGCGUGAAAAACAGCUUAAGAACCUUGGUUUGCUGAAACGUAAGAGACCUUCUUACAUGGAACACACCAUCAAAGCUGCUCGCACAAAAACGUCUAAACCACAAUUGGACACGACAGUGGUUUGUGUUGGACCCCCAGCUGAUUGGGUAAAAAUUAAUGUACAGAGAACUAAAGAUUGCUUUGAGGUCUACGCUUUAGUUCCAGGACUUCUGCGUGAGGAGGUGAGUGUUCAAUCAGAUCCAGCUGGACGCUUGGUUAUAAGUGGAGAGCCUGAGCAUCCUGAUAAUCUUUGGGGUGUUACACCUUUCAAAAAGGUUGUCAGCUUACCCUCAAGAAUUGACCCACAUCAGACAUCGGCUGUGGUUACUCUCCACGGGCAGUUGUUUGUUCGCGUCCCAUUUGAGCAAUCUGACUAGUAUCAAUGCAUAAAUCGGGAAUGGUAUUUUUAUUAUGAGACAGUCUGUCCAGUUUCGAUUUUGAUCCUAUGUGUAUUUGAGUUGUAGAUAAAAAGCAUAGUCAAGGAAUGAUUGACAUUUAGUUGAAGCCUUUAAUUACUCAUUUCCUUUUAAAUCCCGAUCUCUUUCUAUGUAUAUUUUAGAGAAACUGAUGCAAUUUCCUUGACUCAGAGUCUGUUUGGCGGAAUUUUUUCUGAAGAAAUAUUUGGCCGCCGGAUUU